AUGGAGCCGGGCGCUCGCCUGCCCGGGUGGCUGCUGGCGCUCAGCCUUGCCAGCACCGUCCUGGCCCCAGGCUGCGGGGGCGCGCAGGGCAGGCUCGCCCACAAGCUGCUCCACGACCUCUUCACCAACUACUCCAGCGCCCUGCGCCCCGCGGAGGACACGGACCGGGCGCUCAACGUCACCCUGCAGGUCACCCUGUCCCAGAUCAUCGACAUGGACGAGAGGAACCAGGUCCUCACCUCCUACCUGUGGGUCCGCCAGGCCUGGCUGGACGCCCACCUCACCUGGGACAAGGACGCCUACGGCGGCAUCGACAGCAUCCGCAUCCCCAGCAGCUACGUCUGGAGGCCGGACAUCGUCCUCUACAACAACGCCGACGACCGGUUCAGCGGCUCGAUGGAGACCAAUGUGGUGCUGCGCUCCGACGGGCACAUCAUGUGGGACUCGCCCGCCAUCACCAAGAGCUCCUGCAAGGUGGACGUCUCCUACUUCCCCUUCGACGGGCAGCAGUGCCGCCUCACCUUCGGCUCCUGGACCUACAACGGGAACCAGAUCGACCUCCGCAACCGGCUGGAUGCGGGCGACCUGACGGACUUUGUGGAGAACGUGGAGUGGGAGGUGCUGGGCAUGCCGGCCACGAGGAACGUCGUCACCUACGGGUGCUGCUCGGAGCCCUACCCCGACGUCACCUACACGCUGCUGCUCAAGCGGCGCGCCUCCUUCUACAUCUUCAACCUGCUCCUGCCCUGCGUCAUGAUCUCCUUCCUGGCGCCCCUGGGCUUCUACCUCCCGGCUGACUCGGGGGAGAAGGUCUCGCUGGGGGUGACGGUGCUGCUGGCCCUCACCGUCUUCCAGCUGCUGGUGGCGGAGAGCAUGCCGCCGUCGGAGAGCGUGCCGCUCAUCGGGAAGUACUACAUCGCCACCAUGACCAUGAUCGCCGCCUCCACCGCGCUGACCAUCUUCAUCAUGAACGUCCACCACUGCGGGCCGGGGGCCAGGCCGGUGCCGCCGUGGGCACGGCGCCUCAUCCUGCACCACCUGGCCCGCGCCCUCUGCGUCUGCGAGGUUGGCGAGAGCUGCAGCAGCCCCCGGCAGGCGGGCACGGGCGGAAUGGGGCCGCAGGAGCACCCUGGGGUGAGCGCCCAGCCGGGGCCGUGUCCCCGCGGCCACUGCCUCUGCCACCACCACGUGCUGCUGAGCAGCGUGGGCUACAUCGCCGGCUGCUUCCGACGCCACCGAGCCGCCCAGCGCCGCGCCGGGGAGUGGAAGAAGGUGGCCAAGGUGAUGGAUCGCUUCUUCAUGUGGGUCUUCUUCAUCAUGGUCUUCCUCAUGAGCAUGCUGGUCAUCGGCAAAGCUGCCUGA